GACAAACCGUGCAAUUACUUCAGCCUGGGGUUUAAGCAAAGUGCAGGGUUUUGACUUUGCUGAGGAAACACAGCCAAGAAAGUGAUAGAAAGAGAGAGAUGGCAGUACCAAGGGGACGUAACGGUGGAGAAGAGGAAGAAGAAGGAGAUGGUGCUAUUUUUGAAGAUGAAAUUGAGUUGGAUGAUCCCAAUUCCGUUCCACCUCACCUCCUUAACCUUUUCGACGCCGCCGAGAAUGGAAAUCUCCACGCCUUACGCCAUGCCCUUGAUAAUUUGACUGGAAGCAUUGAUCAACCUCUUGAAGAUGGGGACACUGCUCUUCAUCUCACAUGUUUGUAUGGCCAUCUGUCCUGCGUGCAGCUAUUGUUAGAGAGAGGAGCUUCUUUGGAGGCUAAGGAUGAAGAUGGAGCAAUCCCGUUGCAUGAUGCUUGUGCUGGAGGAUACACGGAGAUAUCCCAACUGCUGAUCAAUAGUGCCCCUGACCCUGAAUGUGUGAAGAGGAUGUUGGAUUCUAUUGAUGUAGAAGGUGAUACGCCUCUCCAUCAUGCUGCCAGAGGUGAACAUGUAAAUGUCGUUAGAUUAUUGCUAGCUUCAGGGGCUUGUCCUACUAGGACCAAUAUAUAUGGAAAGACCCCCGGUGAGCUUGCUGCACCAGACACUGAAGCUCGAAGAAUCUUAGAAGAAGCUUCAAGUGCUGUUCCUAGCCAUUAGGCCCUUCAUGCCGAGAGUUUGACUUGGAAGCUUGGUUAUCACUUAUCAGUACUAUAGUUUUGCCUUAUUUUAUAAGUAGAAGUUUUGAUCAAAAUUUCCCCUUGGAAAGAUAGGAAAUUAUGUAAUUAGGGGACGACUAUGCCAGUGAAUUACAGUUCUGACAAAAGCUUUUUCUGUCUAACAGUUAUCAAUUAUUUGUCCAGUAGAACGUAAGAAUUAAGUUCAGUCAAAUCUUUGCUACGACAGCUUCUGCUCGGAUGAUUUAAAGGAGAUUGUGAAAAACUGAAAAUAUGGAAUAUUUAGAGGAAUUCACUUUGAUUUCUAUGUACUGUUACGCAUAAUUAAGUAACUGAAAUGUGUUUCUUGUU